GCAUUGCACACCUGAGACUGUCGCACAUGUCCUGGACCGUAAAUGUGAGUUCGUAGGUGUGUAGACAGCGUGCUGUAGCGCCAUAGGUGACAGCUUCCUAGUGGGGUUUUUUUAUUUUCUUUCGUCCGCUGUUUGUAAAGCAAACUGGUUCCGAUAAAAACAAAAAGCUUUUCAUGAAAAUAUUCACUCGGAGUCAUAGGUUAUCACAGUGAAACGUUAUUGUUAUUCCUCGAAUGUUCCAGACCAGCCUGACUGGAACUACUGCAACAGCAAUCGAGUUUCAAUUCACUCCAAGAGAGAGAACGAGUUACAAAUGGCCAGUUGUAUGCUGUUCAUCGGCGUUUUUGCGGUUGCCAUGAUCCCAGCGAGCGCCCAAGACCAGCUUAACGUCACAUCCGGUGACGUCGUCAUUGGCGCUUUAUUUGAAGUCAACGUGCUUGAAAAUGGCGCUUGUGGCGAGUUCAGCGCAGGAACGCUUGAGGAAGUCCUGGCAGUCACCUGGUUUCUGCAGUCUCUCAAUGCCAGAAACUUCGUUCCUGGGAUCACAUUAGGUUUGGAUGUCUCCCGAACUUGCUCCAGUACUGAAAAGGCUGUGAACAGUGCUGUUCGAUUUCUCAAUGACUACAAUGUUGGAGACAUCGUCAAAGAGACACCUCUUCUAUACGGUUUGCUAGGACCUUCCAGGACCGAAGAGGCCAAGGCCAUUUCACGACUGCUAGGGUCACUUCCGCCAAACAAACGUCUGUUGCAAAUAAGUGGCUCGGCAACGGGAAGCGAACUCAGCGACAAGACCCUCUAUCCUAACUUCUUCCGGGUAAUUCCCUCAGACAGCACCCAAGUCAAGGUGCUGCACAAGCUGCUACUGCAGCUGAAGUGGAACUAUGUGGCCAUCGCAUAUAAUGAUGACAACUAUGGCCGCCCUCUGGCAACAGAGUUACGGAGUCUGGCCGAGGAGACAGACAUCUGUGUGCCUGUCUUUGUCAGUCUACCUGUCGACUCCCGUUCCAUCCUAUUUGAGACCAGAGCUUCGGACCUUGUUAAUGAGAUGAACAGUCCAUUGAAUGGACUAGUCCGAGGGAUCGUUAUUAUCGGAAGUUCGUUCACCAUCAACAGACUGGUCAAGAAGCUGUUCGACACCGUCAAAUACGUGAACCUUGUUUUGGGGGAAACCGUGGCCUUGCAGCAGAGGAACCUGCAAACCACUUCCGGGCAAGUGAUGUCAGUUGCGCGCGGCACACUUGUGACGUCACCACCUUACUUUCCCUUGCUGGAAUUUCGUUCAUUCUGGAACAACCUCUGGACCAAUCAAACACUUUUUACGGAAUACGCCACGAGAAUUCCCUGGCUCGGUAGCUUUUACACCCAGCUAACCAGCUGUGAUCCAAAACAGUUAGCUUGUUGGAACAGUAAAAAGGAUAUCAUCUCCCCUUUGAUAUUUGAAAAGGCCAGUGGGAAGGAUGUCAGUCUAUACACGUGGUAUCAUCUGAAAGCUGUUGCUGUCAUGGCCUCCCUUUUAAAACAAGAACAGGCAAAAAGAUGCAUCAGCUCAGGGCCAGGCUUGUGUCCAGGUCUGAAAGCUCUCAUCACAGACCGAACCAGUCUCUUAGACACUCUGCGUAACUCUAACUUGUCGCUGCAAGAGCUUGGGACAGAAAUUUCACAGUUUGCUAACAUAACUUCUCUGGCAUUUGAUAUCAACGGUGAGCUGCGUAUAAACCAACCCGACAAUAGUUACACAGUCUACAACCUUCAACAAGAUGGUGGCUCUCAGUACAUUUUCAAGCAGAUUGCGACAUACACCAAUGAGCAGCUGGCACUGAAGACCUUCUGAUGCAGUCUUCUACACUGAAGGCGGAAGUCCUCUCACUUGGUCCGACAGGCCACUCGCUCAGUGUGACGCCAACCACGACUGUCUCCAGUGCGAG